UUUGGAUCAUUGUACCUAUCAUUUUGACAGCUGGUUUUUAUAUUUGCUGGGGAUGCCUUGUAUGGGUGCCUUCUAUAUAUACUUCUCCUGGCAUGUACCUGGUCAAUCAUCCCGUACACCUUGGAACUCAGUUGGCACUCUACAUCCUAGUAGCAGGCAUUCUUUGCAUAUACAUCAACUACGACUGUGAUAGGCAAAGGCAAGAGUUUCGCAGAACAAAUGGCAAAGCUUUGGUUUGGGGUAAAGCUCCAUCAAAGAUAACUGCCACUUACACUACCACAACUGGGGAAACAAAAAGCAGCAUUCUUUUAACUUCGGGAUGGUAUGGAAAAUACUGGAAAUCGUACUGCGAGAAGGUUCGGUACAGGGUCAUCCCCGGAAUUUACUGAGAAAAUGUUGCACAAGUGUUUGUUCUAUGUUGAGAAUGGCAUGUAUAUUCAGCCUUUCCAAAUUAAAUGAUGGCAGGCUGGUAUCAUGUUGUUGUUAUUGUUGUUUUUGUAAUGGUCAACUUUAUGGAUGUUGUAUUUCUCUCAUCUUCAAUGACCAAAAACUUUUCUUGUUUAGGAAAA